GCAUGAUUGCGCCUCUGCCCUUGGACAGGAAAACAUAGGAAGGAAAACGGUCAUUGCGGAAAGACAGACAUACAGUAAGGGCUGCCAAAACCUGCAUGCUUAACUGGAUAUUUAACUCAGAAGCAACAUUGAAUCUGUAUCAAAGACAUAUCUGGACAUGGACACUAUGGUGGGAGGUCACAGUCCAGCCCGUAUUGCUGUUAUGGUCCUUUCACUCAUCGUUUUCAUCAUGGCUGUGGCAUUCAAUGCAUUGGCUGGAAUUGGAAUUAAGAAUGAUCUUUUUUUGCAAAGCACAGGGAAUGUAUCCUACAAGUACGACACAGAAAUCACACCUGCAGGAUGGACCUUCUCCAUCUGGGGUGUCAUUUACACUUGGCUGUCCUGCAUGCUCAUCUUCCUGUUUUCUGGCCUCUGCAGAAGAAAUGCCUAUGGAUGGAUGUACUGUACGCCUGCUAUUCUGCCGUAUGGAUUCUACGUGACCUGGAUCAUAAAUAUUAGCUUGAAUAUCUCCUGGCUAUUUCUGUUUGACAGAGAGUUCAUGGAACCAGCAGUUGUCGUCUCAGCAUUGAUGGCCUUUACAAAUUACCUGAUCAUUUUCUUCUCCUGUCAUGGGCUCAAGGUCUAUGGGCCAUGGCUGAACAAAUAUCACAAAGCUGAUCUCUGGCUCAUUCGGAUAUUGGUUCAAAAUGGAGUGGGUGUUUAUGCAACAUGGACGACUAUAGCUACACUGCUUAACUUAACUAUUGUACUGACAUACAGAACAGCAAUGUCCAGCUCAGACUCCGCAACAUUGUCACUGUCACUGCUCCUAAUAGAGGUCCUGGCCUGGUUUGUUUUGGAGAACUUCAUCCUGGAUAACCAUGUCCGUUACAUCCUCACGGUCUACCCUGUGGUCAUCCUGGCUCUCUCUGGAAACAUAUCCAAAAACUUUGACGCUGCAUUGCCCAGUAACAAUGGCAUUUUUACUGCGGCGUUGUUGUCGGUGGCCUGUACCUUGUUUGCAAUUCGACUUGCCUUGGUGAUAUGGAAGCACCACAAGAAACCAUUCUACCAGGACAGAAACACAGCAGUGAUGAUGUCACCGAUGGACAUGGCUGGAAAACAGAAAAAAAUAUUUACUUAA